GUGGCCGGGCCCCGCCCCCCGCCUCGGCCGCUUCUCGGGGCGGGAGUUUCUUACUCCUUUUUCCUUCCGCCUCCAUCCUCGGGCCGCAGCCCCGCCGAGGCCGGAUCGGGCGGUGAGUGGGGCCUGCGAGGGCCGGGGAGGGAGCCCAGACUGACCCUGCUAAUUGCAUCUGAGUGGGAUGGGCACAGUCCAGCCUGAUGGAAGAGAAGACCAAGAAAGUGGAGGAAAUGGCCCUGAAACUGGCUCGGGCUGUGGCUGGUGGGGAUGAGAAGAUGGCAGUGAGCUGUGCCACCUGGCUGGCGAAGCAGCGGGCUCUAUUGACGCUGCAACUUAAAUCAGAGGUCUAUCCCAAACAGGAGAUCAAGCUGUGGGUGGGUGUAGAGGAUGCCCAGAUGCAUACUCUUCACAUCUGGCUGAUGGUGCGGCCCACGAUGACAGUGGCUUCUCUGAAAGACAUGGUCUUUUUGGACUAUGGCUUUCAUCCAAGCCUACAAAGGUGGGUAAUUGGCCAGCGGCUGCCCCGUGACCAGGACACACUGCAUUCCUAUGGAGUGAGGCAAGAUGGUGACAAGGCUUACCUCUACCUCUUGUCUGCCCACCACACGCAGCUUAGCCAGCAGGAGCUACAGCGGCAGCGGCAGCUACGGGUCCUAGAAGACUUGGGCUUCAGAGACCUUGCUCUGCAGUCUCGGGGUCCACAAGAACCCCGAGGCACGGAAUCUCAAGAAAAAGUGCCAUCUGAGGAUGCUGGAACUACUGUUCCCUCUACUGUGGAAGCAGCCCCUGAUCCCUGCGUGGCUGGCUGGGAAUGUCCAGGGUGCACUUUUGUCAACAAGCCCACCAGGCCAGGCUGUGAGAUGUGCUGUGAGGCUAGACCUGAAGGUUACCAGGUGCCCAGCUCCUACCAGCCAGAUGAAGAGGAGCAGGCGCGCCUACAGAAUGAGGAAGAUAGCCUGCGCCAGUACCACCUGCGGAAGCAGAAGCAGCAGGAGGGGAACUACCUUCAGCUCCUGCAGCUGGACCAGCGGAACCUAGUGCCGAGCACCGAGGUGGUAGAAUGCCCCAUCUGCUACUUGUCCCUGGGUCCUGGAGAGGGAGUUGUUCUGCGAGAGUGCCUGCACUGCUUCUGCAAGGACUGCCUUCGGGGCACAAUCUUGAACAGCCAGGAAGCUGAGGUAUCCUGCCCCUACAUUGAUGACACUUACUCCUGCCCAGGGAAGCUGCAGGAGCGAGAGAUCCGAGCGCUCCUGAGUCCCGAGGACUAUCAGCGUUUCCUGGACCUGGGCAUCUCCAUCGCUGAGAAUAGAAGUGCCUUCAGCUAUCACUGCAAGACCAACGACUGCCGAGGCUGGUGCUUCUUUGAGGAUGAUGUCAACGAGUUCAUUUGUCCCGUGUGCGGACACAUUAACUGUCUGCUCUGCAAGGCCAUUCACGAGAACAUGAACUGCAAGGAGUACCAGGACGACCUCGCCCUGAGGGCGCAGAACGACGUAGCUGCCCGGCAGACCACAGAGAUGCUCAAGCUGAUGCUGCAACAGGGCGAGGCCAUGCACUGCCCUCAGUGCCAGAUUGUGGUGCAGAAGAAGGACGGCUGUGAUUGGAUCCGCUGCACCGUCUGCCACACUGAGAUCUGCUGGGUUACCAAGGGGCCGCGCUGGGGCCCUGGGGGCGUUGGGGAUACCAGUGGGGGCUGCCGUUGCCGACUGAAUGGAAUUCCCUGCCACCCCAGCUGUCAGAACUGCCACUGAGGAGCCCUUGAGGAGGCACAGAACAGAUCCUGACCAUAACAGGACACCAGGGCAAAGCCAACCCUCAGGGAACCGAUCGUCCCAGCAGACACCCCCUCUCUAACUCCCACAUCCCUUCCUGUCCCAGAACCAGGGCCCCUAACAGGGCUGCCUGUCCCGGGGGAUGAGGAAUGACUUAGAUGUAGAUUCCUGGGGCAACCUGGGAUGGGAAACUGUUGCCUU